GGCUAUGGAUCUGCGAUUCCGGAAUUCGAACUCGAGUGUCGUUUGUAGAGAGGAAUCAGAGGAAGAAGUGACGUCGGGCGAGCAGCGACAAGCUCCGCAAUUAUGGUGGCGAGGACGGCUGGUUCGGACACCGUUGUUUCAGCCUCGGAGGAGGUGACGGUGGAAGGAAUUCGGUGCCCCGAGCAGCGGAGCAGUGAGAGCCGCCGCCCCGAGAGCAAGUGCAACUAUGUCUACGAGGGUCGGGAUUUCUAUCCCAUGCCCGUGGUCGAUUUGCAUGGCCUCGAGGUCGAGGAUCCGCAGAUCAGAGCCUCUGUUCUGCGAGAGCUGAAGGAAGCUGCGAAGGUCGGUUGUUUCACGACGGUGAAUCAUGGCAUCGAUCCGAAGGUGCUCCUGCAGCUCAGGGAGAACUCCAACGCAUUCUUCUCUCUGCCUUCCGAAGACAAGGCCAAGUGCGCCCAGGUCCGCGGCACCGGGGCCUUACGGGCCGUCGGCUACCAGACCCAAUUUCAAGGCCUCACCGAGAAGGCCUCUACUGUGCCGCGCCGGGAAGUUUUCGAGAUUCAAGGGUGCCCGCUGGAGGGCCGGGACUCCGUCCCAUGGCCCCAGUCAUCGCCUUCUUUCAGAGAGAGCCUGGAGACUUUCGCCGAGGAAAUUUGCAAACUGUCGACGUGGGUAUGCGAGUCGCUGGCUGAAGCGCUGGGUUUGAGUCGGGAUGCCUUUAUCAAGCAGCUCGGCGGGGGUGUACAUCAGCAAGUUGUCGCUUCCUCGUAUCCUGUACCAGAAAAUCAGCCCAAGGACACCCCAAGCUCGGUCGGGUUCGGUGCUCAUACGGAUCUUACUGUCAUCAAUGCUGUCGUGGAGGAUGAGAAUGGUGGGGCACAGGUGUGGCAUGACGAUCAAUGGAUGAAUAAACGUCCCAUUUCUGCGGGUGUCAGUUUCUUCCUCGGUGAUCCCAUAGAGUGCAUGAGCAACGGGAUCUACCACUCGAUUGUUCACCGAGUAAUUGCGCCCUGUAACAACAGCAGGUUUUCGUGCGUGACCACAUUGGAGCCUGUAGAUAAGGACGCAACUGUGUUACAGCCGGUGCCAGAGCUGGUGGCAAGGUCGGGCCAGCCUGCAAAGUACGUUGCUUACAACUUCGGCGGCCGUGGCAAAUCAGUUAUGUCUCAGCGAUUCGAUCCGGAUAUUUUGACCAAGCGGUUUAUGGUCACAGAUUUCUCAGUCAUCGAUCCCUUGCGGAAUUUUUCUUACAGAGACGGUGUCUUUUAUAUCGGAAGCCGGCCGCUUGGAAGUUUAACAGAAGAGUCCCCUUCCGGAGGCAAGGAAGCCUUUUUGCGCUGCCGGUCAGCGGCUCUGUGGCGCCUCUGACCAGUACGUCACUAGCGAACAACCGGUCGCUCCAGCAGAUCCGGAGCUGUAUAAAGCGAAGUUGGUGCUCAAGGUAUGGGAAAAGUUUGGGUAGAGAGUUUAACUUCCCCAUAGUGUAAUCUCGUGUGAGUGAUAUUCAAUUCGAGAAUCUUUGUAACUAGUGAAUCUGGCCAAUAGUUACAGAACGUCACUAAAUAUCAAUAGUGAUAUGAUAUACUCAAUAAGGACAGUUUCAAUUAUAAUUUUGGAAUCAAAAUUAUUACGAUGAAAAAAGAUCAUGUGUCCUAUCUUUGUCUCGACAAUUUACUUCUUCUAGGUUUCAUCUCGUUACAGAUUGUUUCACUUAUAUUUUUCUCAUAUGUUUAUAUUCAAAUGCAAUAAUAAAAGUAACAUUAAUUGUUCGAAAUAAUGCAAAAUAGUCAACAACAUAAAUCUUGCAACCAGAGAACGUUCUAUUAUGAAUAAAACUUGUGUGAGUGACAUCUCUCAAUAGUGCGAUCCAACGUACGUAACUAUUGAUCACCAAUGUAUGUAACUAUUGAGAUUUGAUACGUAUGGCCACGCAAUUUGUUCUUGUGAGUGAAAUCUCCCAGUGAAGUAAACCC